AUGAUAGCGCCAAGACGUAAAUGGUCGUUGCAUGGUGGCUGUUCUGUUCAGUCUCCUUGUCUUCAGGACGCGAGCGGGGAACCGGAGAGGGCGCGGGUGACGGUAUUCGAGCGCCCGGGGCUGCGGGAGUUCCUCAGACGCGCCAGUCGCCUGGGCGAGCUCGUGCUCUUCACCGCUGGCCUCGAAGGCUACGCUCGGCCGCUAGUGGACAGAAUCGACCCCGAUGGGCUCAUCUCAGCUCGCCUCUACCGUCCUGCCACCAUAUCCAUAGGCACGAGGCAGCAUGUGAAGGACCUAUCAGUGUUGGGGCGAGAUUUGAGCCGCACAGUGAUCAUAGACAACAACCCCUUCGCCUUCUUGUUGCAACCGGUCAAUGGCGUGCCGUGUGUGCCGUUUUUUGGGGCCGAGGGGUCAGAUAAACAGUUGCUGCAGGUGCUGCUCCCACUACUCGAGACCCUGUCACUACACCCAGACGUGCGCCCUUUCCUCUCCACGCACUACCGCAUGCCCCUGUGGCUGCGAGCGCAUGGGGUCCCGGUGGUUGACCACCACCACCCAACGUAG